AUGACUGAGAGCUUCCACUCAAGCAGGCAGCGGGAUGAGCAGGCCCGGGCUGAAGGGCAAGGCCGGGAAGCAGGGCUGCCUCCUCCCGACACACCCAGCUCCAAACCACGGCCUAAAGCGGCCCAGACUAAAAGUGCCCCGUGUUCCAUGUUUCGUUUACGUGAAAAAUGACAAAUGAAAAUUCAUGUUAGAGAAUGGUCCAGGAAGGAUCCAAAUGAAGAUACUGAAUGGAAUGACAUACUGAGAGAUUUUGGAAUUCUUCCUCCAAAAGAAAAACCAAAAAGUUAAAUUGAAGAAAUGGUUUUACACUUGCAGAAAGAAGCAGAAGUGAAACGGUAUGAAAGAAUGAAUCUUGAAGAAUUAAAGGAAGCUGAAGAUGACUUUGAUGAGGCUCGUAGGAAAGCUAUUGAAAUGGACAGGCAGCAACGCUUACAAGAAUGGAAAUGUCUUCAGACGGUGCAAAAGUAUGGGGAGCUAAGAGAAAUUUGUGGAGAGCAGUAUGCAAAGGAAGUUACAAGUGCUGCAGAGGAUGUUUGGGUUAUAAUUCAUCUUUAUCGGUCAAGCAUCCCAAUGUGUUUACUGGUUAACAAACAUCUCAGCCUGCUAGCCAGAAAGUUUCCAGAAGUCAAGUUUCUCAAAGCCAUUGUAAACAGCUGCAUUCAGAAUUACUAUGACAGAUAUUUACCCACAAUACUUCCAUAUAAAACUGGUGAAAUAAAAGGCAGGUUCAUUGGAGUAGCUGAGUGUGGGGGAAUGUAUCUUAAAGUGGAAGAGCUUGAAUGGAAACUAGCAGAAGUUGGAGCAAUAGAAACUGACUUAGAAGAAAAUCCCAAAAAGGACAUUAUGAAUAUGAUGACACCGUCAGUGCAAAAUAUUUCUGCUCAUGAAGACACCAACACAAUAAGCAGUGAUGUGACAAAACCACCUAUUACUUGA